AUGGAUAACAAGAAGCGCCUCGCCUAUGCCAUCAUCCGCUUCCUCCAUGACCAGCUGCGGCACGGGGGGCUCUCCUCGGACGCCCAGGAGAGUUUGGAAGUUGCAAUCCAGUGCCUGGAGACCGCCUUCGGGGUGACUUUGGAAGACAGAAACCUUGCACUCACUCAGACUCUUCCAGAAAUAUUUGAAGCUGCCGCAGGCAAGGAGAUGCCACAGAACCUGAGGAGUCCCGAGGGAACCCCGCUUUCGGAGGAGGACUUGGCGGAGGCAGAGCGCCUCAAAACCGAAGGAAACGAACAGAUGAAAGUCGAGAACUUUGAGGCGGCCGUGCACUUCUACGGGAAAGCUAUCGAGCUCAAUCCUGCCAACGCCGUCUACUUCUGUAACAGAGCCGCCGCCUACAGCAAACUCGGGAAUUAUGCGGGGGCCGUGCAGGACUGCGAGCGGGCCAUCUGCAUAGACCCAUCCUACAGCAAAGCGUAUGGCAGGAUGGGCCUGGCGCUCUGCAGUUUGAACAAGCACGCGGAGGCCGUGGCCUACUAUAAGAAGGCCCUGGAGCUGGACCCCGACAACGAAACAUACAAAUCCAACCUCAAGAUAGCGGAGCUGAAGCUGAGAGAGGCCCCCAGCCCCACAGGAGGGCUCGGCAGCUUUGACAUCGCGGGCCUGCUGAACAACCCAGGCUUCAUGAGCAUGGCAUCAACCAUGAUGAACAACCCCCAGGUUCAGCAGCUCAUGUCUGGCAUGAUUUCCGGCAGCCACAACCCCCUGGGGACUCCUGGCACCAACACGUCACAGAAUGACCUGGCCAGUCUCAUCCAGGCGGGCCAGCAGUUCGCUCAGCAGAUGCAGCAGCAGAACCCAGAGUUCAUUGAACAGCUUCGAAGUCAGAUGCGAAAUCAAACGCCCAGUGCCAGCAGCGAUGACCAGCAGGAAUGA